UGCACAAUUGCCAAUAACAUCUCUCGCCGCUCAUAAUCAUGGCCCUUGCUACAUCAGCAGCAGUCGCCGCCACCGCAGCAGCCGCCGCCGCAGCAUAUCUCGAUGCCAAAUUCCACAUCACAAAAGAUGUCGGCAACAUGCGCGAGCAGCGCCAACUGGCAGCAAUGGCGCAGCGGCUGGCGCAGCAGAAUAAACGCUCGCUAUACUACAUGUUUGAAGAGCAAGCCCUCCUUCGAGGAGACUCUGCUUGCAUCUGGUAUCGACCUACCGGGGAUGGUGCAGCACCGGAUACUCCGCCCGUCACAUCCAGCUGGAGAGAGACGUACGACAGCGUGAAUCGGUACGCGCAAUUUCUGCUCGAGAAUCAUGUCGCUCCGGGGGAUUUUGUCGCGACAUAUCUCAUGAACUCGCCGGAUUUUAUCCAUCAUUUACUGGGUUCGUGGGCGAUUGGAGCUGCUCCUGCACUGGUGAAUUAUCAUCUCACGGGAGAAGGGUUGGUGCAUUGCUUGAAAGUGGCUUCGAGUAAAAUUCUUGUGGUGGAUGAGGAUGAGGGUUGUCAGCAGCGAGUGCAGCAGGUGCGGCCACGGCUGGAGGAACUCGGUAUACGCGUGGUGGUGCUGGACGCAGAGACCAAAAGAAGCAUUCAUGACAAGCAAGCCAAGAGACCCGACAACACCUACCGAGAUCAUGUUGCCGCCGACUUUCCCAUUUUCCUCUUCUAUACAUCGGGCACCACUGGCUUACCCAAGGCUUGUGCCUUUCCCACCGGCAAGGCUCUCGUCCUCGGCCUUCCACGCCUGCGAUCAACGACACUGCAGCCGGGGGACGUAUGGUAUGACUGUAUGCCCUUCUACCACGGCACGGGUGGCACGACGGCCGUCUGCUGUAUGAUCACGGGACUGACUCUGGCCAUUGGCCGCAAGUUCAGCGUCCGCAAUUUCUGGAAGGACAUUCACGACUCAUCGGCCAGUGCCUUUGUCUAUGUGGGCGAGACGGUGCGCUAUCUGUUGGCAGCUCCAGCCUCUCCUCUCGACCGGGCACACCAGCUGAAAGCCAUGUAUGGCAAUGGAAUGCGACCCGACGUGUGGUUGCAAUUCACCGAACGCUUCCACGUUCCCGUGGUCAACGAGUUCUUCAACAGCACCGAGGGCAUGUUCUCGCUGUUGAACGUCUGUCGAGGUCCGUUCCAUGUCGGUCACGUCGGUCAUCACGGCGCCCUGGAGCGUCGCAAAUUCCACAAUGUCUUCAUUCCUGUCGAAAUCGACCAUGAGACAGGCCAGAUCUGGCGCGAUCCAGUCACGGGAUUCGCCCAGCGCAAGAAAUAUGAGGACGGUGGGGAGAUACUCGUGGCGUGUAAGAGUGAUCAGGACUUUUCGUACUGGAAGAAUCCCGAAGCGACCGAGAAGAAACUCGAGCGAGAUGUGUUUCGGAAAGGCGACGUGUAUUAUCGGACGGGUGAUGCACUGCGGCGGGAUCAUGAUGGCAGAUGGUAUUUCCUCGACCGACUCGGCGACACGUUCCGCUGGAAAUCCGAAAAUGUCAGCACAGCCGAAGUCGCCGAAGUGCUCUGCCGCUUCAGUCCAUCCAUUGUCGAAGCCAACGUCUACGGCGUCCAACUCCCCAAUCACGACGGCCGAGCCGGUUGCGCCGCCCUCUACAUUCCCCCCGCCGUCCGCCCAGACUUCGACUACACGGCACUUCUCCGCCACGCCCGCCAGCAUCUCCCUCGCUAUGCGGUGCCCCUGUUCUUACGCAUCGUGCACACGCCCUCGUUGAUGCACAAUGGCAAACAAUCCAAAGUCGCGCCGCGCAGAGAAGGCGUGGAUCCGGAGAAAAUUUCUACGAGCGAGGUUCUCGCGUGCAGAGAGGAUGAGAUUCGAUGGUUGAAACCGGGAAAGGAGACCUAUCUUCCUUUUACACGUGGCGAUUGGCAGGAAUUGGUGGGAGGAAAGGUUCGAUUGUGAUCUUUUUUUUUUCUUUCUUUUUCCCUUUUUUCCAUCAAGAAUUGUGCAGGAGAUGAGAUAGAUGGUAUGAAUAGAAUAGAAUAAAGCAAAACAAAAUAAAACGUGC